AUGAGAAGUCAGCAGCUAACGCCACAUCAACAGCCAUCUCGUCGUGUAAUGUUAGUCGGAAGUGAGCGUCAACAGGAUCACGUAGCCAGUUUUAAGUGUUAUGUGUGCGAUGGGGCACACUCGAUUAGAGAUUGUCAAACUUUCAAUGAGUCAAUGAGUGUUCGUGAUCGUUGGGAAAAGGUGAAAUCCCGCAGCUUUGUUUCUUGUGCCUGCGUAAAGGACACAACACAUCUAACUGCCGUUCAAAAAAGUUUUGUGACGUUAACGCCUGCCGCCGCUAUCAUUAUCGAAGUUUACAUGAAGCCUCGAGUUCAAGUUCUGCGCCGUCCGCAGCACAAAGUCGCGCUGCAACUCAUAUCGCUAUUCGGACCGAACGGUAAAGAAGAUUUGUAUGCCAUGGUUGAUGAAGGAUCAGCUAUAUCACUACUAGAAGAUAGCGUAGCCACAAGAUUGGGUCUCAAAGGACGUAAGCAGCCCCUGACUUUACAAUGGUAUGGACAAAAGUGUACGACUGAAGAGUCGCCAAAAGUGACUGUUGAAAUACAGGGCAGAUGUACAACAGCGACGUACACGCUACAUAAUAUUUGCACUAUUCGUAACCUCGAUUUACCAGAACAGUCCUUCCGUAAAGCAGAUUAUAGCCAUUUGAAGAUUUUGCCAUUAGAGGAUUAUCAUCAAGUCAAACCAUCGUUGCUGUUAGGUUUAGACAAUAUGUAUUUAAGUGUGCCGUCCACAACAGUACAAGCUGGCAGCGGAAACCCAGUAGCCAUUAAUACAAAGCUGGGUUGGAUAGCCUACGGUUCAACCCGAUCGCCAAUUACAACGCCUGUGGUACUACAUAUUCGAGAAAAGAACAACUUGGACUCGCUACAUGAACUGGUUGCAGAAUAUUUCGCCGCUGAUAACUUUGGUGUCAACAAUGAGUCAACGAAGCAACUAGAGUCAGAAGACAAUCAACACGCUCGUAAGAGGCUGGAAGCUAACACACGUCUCAUCGGUAAGCGCUUUGAAACCGGUUUACUGUGGAAAAGUGUUCCACCAGCACUUCCGAACAGCUUUGCUAUGGCUUUCAAACGACUGUUGGGUAUUGAGAAGAAAAUGCGCCUAGAUGAAGGGUUUUCCGCCAAGUACAAAGAAGAAAUUGCUAAAUAUAUACAAAAUGGUUACGCCAGAAAACUUUCCAGACGAA